CGGUGACAACGACGACGACGGGGGCGACUAGUAGAGCUUAGAAUACAUCCAGUCAAGACAGGCUUGGAGACAUGUCGGACGAUGAGUUUAUGAUGGAGGAUGCGGCGGAUGAAGAGUAUGAUUUUGAUUAUGAUGAUGAUGACGAUGACGAAGGCAUGGAUGAGCAAGGAGGAGAUGUAGAGAAUCAGUAUUACAAGGCAAAAUCCCUCAAGGAGGACGAUGCCGAAGGCGCUCUCAAAGCAUUCCGGACGAUCGUUGACGAGGAGGCAGACAAGGGGGAAUGGGGCUUUAAGAGUCUGAAACAGAUGACAAAGAUGAAUUAUCUGCAUAUGAAGAGACCAAGCGAGGCGUUGAAGACUUACCGCGAACUGCUCAGCUAUACCAAGAGCAACGUCACGAGAAACUAUGCCGAGAAGUCUAUCAACAAUAUUCUUGAUUAUGUUGGAGGCGAGGGCAAGCAUGGCGCCUUGGCUCCCGAGGUCCCGCUUGAUACGCUCGAAUCCUUCUACUCAGCUACGAAGGAGGCAUGUGACGAGGCGAGGAACGAGCGACUGUCCACCAAGUCCAAUUUAAAACUCGCAAAGCUGUGGCUUGACAGGAAGGAGUACGAUCGGCUGCAACCAAUACUGAGAUCGCUGCAUGCUUCAUGUGGCCCUAGCUCGAGCUCAAGUGGAUCUGAGGACCAGACCAAGGGUUCUUUAUUACUUGAGCUGUACGCCAUCGAGAUCCAAAUGUACAGCGAUUUGAAAGAGACACGAAAGCUCAAGGAGAUCUACAACGCCUCGAUGCAGGUCAAGAAUGCUAUACCACAUCCGAGGAUCAUGGGCGUGAUCCGGGAGUGCGGUGGGAAGAUGUGGAUGAUGGAAAGAGCCUGGGACAACGCUUCAACCGAUCUGUUCGAGUCAUUCCGGCAAUACGACGAGUCCGGUUCGCCACAGCGUAUACAGGUUCUCAAAUACCUCGUGCUCACUUACAUGCUCAUGGGGAGUGAGAUCAAUCCGUUCGACUCACAAGAGACCAAACCGUAUAAGAAUGAUCCCCAGAUCGUUGCCAUGACCGGACUGGUGUCUGCCUAUCAGAUGCGAGACGUACAGGAGGCUGAGCGGAUACUCAAGGCCAAUCGAGCCACCAUCACCGGUGACCCUUUCAUCCAAUUCUUCAUCAAUGACCUGCUCCGCUCCUUGCGUACUCAGUACAUAAUAGACAUUAUCAAGCCGUACACCAGGUUAGAGCUUGACUAUCUCGCCAAGACGCUCAAUAUUGCACGGAACGAAGUCGAGGCUCUAGUCAUCUCGCUCAUCCUUGAUCGCAAGAUCAAAGGCAAAAUUGAUCAAGUCAAUGGGUUACUCGUCCUCGAGAGAUUCCAUGCCGUCCAGAACCGCAAGUACAAGGCACUGGAAGACGUGACGAGGGAGAUAAGCAAUUUGGGUCAGAGAAUCAUCAAUGAGAAAGUGGCAGGAUGGGAGGGCGGUCAGGGCACCUGGUCCAGAGCAUUUGGGUAGAUGGUCCGUUGGGAGUUAGGCGGCGUUACACAUUGUAGCAUAGUCCCAAGUUGUGCAU